AUGGCCUCUAAAGCUAUGUGGGAAGUCGAUCCGGAGACCAGAUCAAAGCUCCUGGCUAUACAAAAGACGAAUAACAACAACAUCUGCUGCGAUUGCAACGCCCCGAACCCGCAAUGGGCGUCUCCUAAAUUCGGCGUUUUCAUCUGCCUCUCUUGCGCUGGCGUUCACCGGGGCCUUGGCGUUCAUAUCUCGUUCGUUCGUUCCGUUACUAUGGACGCGUUCAAGCAGGCCGAGAUCGAGCGCAUGCGGCUCGGCGGUAAUCAGGGAUGGAGAUCGUUUUUCGAGCAGCACGAUGAUACUAAGAUGCGUGGUUUAAACUGGGACGAUGCUACCAUUGCGGAGCGAUAUAGCGGAGAAGUAGGUGAAGAAUGGAAAGAAAGGCUUAGCGCCAAGGUUGAGGGUAGGGAAUACGUGCCCGGUGAACGAAAAACCACACCGCAGCCUACCACCGCCGCCGCCGCCACAAAGCCGCCUGGUCCAAAACAAAUCAGUAGGACCGGAACGCCAUUACAAGGCGUGGCAACGAGUGGAAGUCGAACAGCAAGCCCUAAUCGACCAGGUGUCAAAGCUAAAGUCGAUGAUGAAUAUUUCGCGCGUCUAGGAAAAGAGAACGCGUCUAGGUCGGCGGAAUUACCGCCUAGCCAGGGGGGCAAAUACGCCGGAUUUGGAAAUACGCCUGCACCUACAAAGAGUGGUAACGGAGGGCUUCCAGAUCUAACGGAGGUGCAGAAGGACCCAGUAGCUGCCUUAACAAAAGGGUUCGGCUGGUUUACAACGACUGUAAGCAAGACGGCUAAAGGAAUCAACGAUGAAUUCAUUCAGCCUACGGCUAAGCAGCUUUCGGAAUCGGACUUUGCAGCACAGGCGAGAGUUGCAGCAGGGAGCGUAGGUAAGGCGGCACAGGCCGGCGCAAUGACAGCACAGGAACGGUUUAACCGCUUCGUUGAGGGAUCCGACGAGCGAAGGCAAGCCCCGAUAGACGAGAGUAAGAAGGCAUUCUGGGACGACUUCGCUGCCGCCGCGGAUCAACGGCAUGGUACCGGGCCUAAGUAUAGCUCGGUUGGAACUUCAGCCAUGGGAAGAGGAGGAAAUAAGAACGCGCCAGCAGCGGCCAAGAAGGACGACGAGUGGGACGACUGGUAG